AUGGUUCGCGAAGCGGUAUCGCAAAUAUGUGCUGAAUUUCCCAACACAUACUGGCAAGAAAAAGACCAGACAGAACAAGACCCCAAGGAUUUCCACGCCGCCCUGGCCAAAGCAGGAUGGCUAGGUAUCGCACUACCUGAGUCGCUAGGUGGCGCAGGAUUGGGCAUCGCAGAGGCCACCAUGAUGAUGCAGACCAUCACCGAGUCUGGGGCGGGCAUGGCGGGUGCGCAGGCGAUACACGCCAACGUCUACGCCACCCAGCCGCUCGCCAAGUUUGGAUCCAAGGAGCAGCUUGAGGAGACGAUACCCAACAUCAUCUCGGGGAAGUGGCGCGCGUGCUUUGGCGUGACGGAGCCCAAUGCAGGACUGGACACGCUGCGGCUGACGACCAAGGCCACGAGAACCGAUGACGGGUACUGCAUCACCGGACAAAAGAUUUGGAUCACCUGCGCGCAAGUGGCAUCGCGCAUGAUUCUGCUCGCGCGGACCACGCCGCGCGACGAGGCCAAGAAGCCGAGCGAGGGCCUGUCGCUGUUCUGCAUCCCGAUUGACAGGGAGGCGCGCGGCCUGGAGCUGCGCAAGAUCCGCAAGAUGGGCGGGCGCGCGGUCGAUGCCAACGAGGUCUUCUUCGACAACUACCAGGUCCCCGCCUCGAGCCUGAUCAGGGCGGAGGGAAAGGGCUUCAAGAUGAUCCUGCACGGCAUGAAUGCCGAGCGCUGCCUGCUCGCCGGCGAAGCCCUCGGGCUGGGCUACGCCGCCGUGGCCAGGGCGGCCGAAUACGCGUCGGAGCGCGUCGUCUUCCAGCGGCCGAUUGGCAUGAACCAGGGCGUCGCGCACCCGCUGGCCGACGCCUACAUGAGGCUCGAGGCGGCCAAGCUGGCCACGUACCACGCGGCGCGGCUAUACGACGCCAGCAGGACGGACGAGUCGAUCAAGCAGGACGCGGUGGGCGUGGCGGCUAACAGCGCCAAGUACCUGGCGGCCGAGGCGGCCUUUACGGCCUGCGAGAGGGCGAUCCUGGCCCACGGCGGCAUGGGCUACGCGCAAGAGUACGAUGUCGAGCGCUGGUUCCGCGAGUGUCUGGUGCCUCGCAUUGCGCCUGUGAGCCGGGAGAUGAUUCUCAACUACAUUAGCGAAAAGGUGCUGCGCCUGCCUAGAAGCUAUUAA